AUGUCGACCUGUAGCUGCGGUCGUACUUUUUCUAGUCGUAGUGCCCUUGGCCAGCACCAAAAAGACACAGGACAUUGCCACUGCAAGUUCUGCAACCGUUUCUUCCAUACAGCAGACGGACUCAAGCAACAUAACCUAGCCCUCCAUAGCUGGAAUUGCGGGCACUGCAACAAAACAUUCAGUGUACAAGAGAGUCUCACGUGCCACCAGCGGGCAACAAGGCACUGUCAUUGCAGCGACUGCGACCGCUUCUUUGUCGACGAGCCCGCGUUACGCCGACACCUCCGCUCGUCCCUACACGCCAGCCAAUUCCACUGUUGCGACUGCGAUCGAGACUUUGUAGACGGACAGGCCUUGCAGCAGCACCUCGAAAACAAAAUCCACAGCGUUACAAGGCGUCAGACCUCCGAUUAUGUCUGCAGCGAGUGUGAUCGCGAGUUUAAGACUGAGCAAGCCUUAGGGCAGCACCGGUCAUCACUGGUUCAUCGGCCGCUCAGCAACAUCAAAUGCAUCACUAGCAAUGGCAAUUCCGGAUGCAAGCGGCGCUUCUCCAGCCCCUCAGCGCUGCUACACCACCUCGAAAGCGGAGCGUGCCAAUCCGGAGUCACACGCAAGACACUAAACGCAGCAGUGCAACUAAACGAUACUGCUGCAAUAAUCACCAAUCCCAACCCGGGACUGAGCAGCAUGCUCCUCGAAACCGCGAGCCAGACCAGCAGCAAUUCGGGCGCCUACACGCCUACAACCAGCUCAAACGUCGGUGUCGAACUCACUCCCAGCAGCACAACACGCAGCCCUGCCUCCCCGGCCCUCCUAACUCCAUGCUCCGACCACUCCACCGCCUCAUCCCUCACCCUCUUUUCAUUCGGGAAAUGCCCCCUCUGCCCUCCCACCCGCGCCGCGUUCUCCACACCCGAAUCGCUGCACCAGCACCUCUCCUCCCCGGCCCAUGCUGCGCGCAUAUUUCACUGCCCGGCGUCGCUAUUCACUCCCCUGCCUAGCGGGCGUGCAGUUGAGAUCAAGUCAUUCUCGACGUUGAGUGGGUUGGCGCAGCAUGUGGAGAGUGGGACUUGUGGCGGGUCGGCGACAUUGAGGAGGGUGGCUGAGUAUCUUGAGGCAAAGUUGAAGGACUUGGGGAUCGGGAAGGUGAAACUGUUAAACUGAUGAAAAUAAAUUGACCAGUCGCGUAGAUCUCUAGAUCAUGUGCGAGGUUGGAUAGCGGCGUGGCUAACUCUAUGAGUUAGGUAACGCAAGGGAGUAUUGUGUUUAUUGUGCCUGCAUCCGCGUGCUAAAUCUCCCUCGCUCUCUGUAUCAUGCAGCACUAUUUUUGGGACUUCUUUAGACUGGUGACUGAUGGUUUGUUAUUUUUUUUUUCUGACUAUUGGGAAGCUUACGAAAUUGUCUGGAACAAUGCUCUAGUUUGCGAAGCUUAUCAAGUUUUUGUUUUCGAAGUAAAUUCAGGUGGAAAUCAGAUAUAACAAAACUAUUUCGGGAGGAGUUUAGUCUUUUUAAUUUUUGGAAUGCUCAAUUGUUUCUGCCUCACUUGGCGUUAGGGUUAGGUCAAGUUCUGGUUUAUAGUAAUACACCCAAACUACGCAUAAC